UGCAGGCGAGGAAGCCAAGAUGGCAGCCACAAUGAAGGGACCUGUAGCAGUUGAAGAUGUCAACGUCACUUUUGAAGACCAACAGAAGAUCAAUAAAUUCGCCAGGAACACGAGUCGGAUGACGGAGCUGAAAAAUGAAAUAGAGGCAAAGAAAAAAUCUCUGCAGAACCUACAGGAUGCCGGCGACGACCUAAUGAUGUUAGACGAUGACACUCUAUUGAUCCCCUAUCAAAUUGGCGACGUCUUUGUCAGUCACACCCAGGACGAAACACAAGAGAUGCUGGAGGCUGCCAAGGAAACACUGGAGCAGGAGGUCAAAGGCCUUGAGGAGCGAGUGUCAGCGAUACAGCAAGUAUUGAGCGAUCUGAAGGUCCAGCUCUAUGCCAAGUUUGGUAACAACAUUAACCUGGAGGCAGAUGAAAGCUGAGCUGUGAAAUGGACAUUGACAGCCGCCCCAACACGGACUUGUUUCAUGCAGCUCUCGUAUCAGAUCCACAGAGCGUUUGCCAAAAAAAAAAUCUUCAAGCGGGACUCGGCAUGAACGGCUUAGAUUUCUAGCUUCUGGCUUUUGUUUACACAGAUGUUGAUUCUUCAGUUUAGCUUCGGUAAACAAAUUCACAAGGACAACAAACGUAAAGAUUUGGAGAUUAAAUAAAUGCACAUAACUUCUAAUGUAUUUCAGUUGGUCCUGUAUUUAAUGCUCAUGUUUUUUUACUCUGUUGAUCAAACUAAAGUAAAACUGAGAAACAGAACAGCUGUGUAGAAUUUUAACUUCAUCAUCCUGUUACACUGUAAACUCACUUUGUGUUUGACCAACUUCAGCUAGGACGGAAUUAAUGAAAUGUCUCUGACACAUCUGUGUACUCUGCUGUCUCUGCAUCAAUGACUGAAAUCUGCCUGACCUUUACUCCAAAUUUUGCGCUGUUCCUUGCCACAUCAGAUCAAGUUGAUUAAAUUAGUUCCUUCUGUUACUGAUUUA